AUGGACUCGACACAUGACAUAUGUGAAAUAAUCAGAUUAAAUGUUUGGAAAUGUCAAAACCACUUCAAGGUAAAUGCAGUCUAUAAUCCACCCCAGAAUUGUCCCAACUUUGACAUUCUGAACAUCUCACAAAAAACUGUAGUAUUGGGAGACUUCAACCCCCAAUCCACCAGAUGGGGCUACAAGGAUACAAACAUAGCUGGAAAGGAAAUCGAAGACAUGCUAAACAGCAACCCUCUGGAACUUAUUUACAGCAAUGAGGAUCCGGCUACAUAUCUGCACUACAAUGGAACCAGAACAACUCCUGAUUUACUCUUGGCUUCAAGCGACAUCAGUGAGCAUACACGCCGCAAAAUAAUCGACGAUCCUGGUUCUGGUCACAAACCAGUCAUUGCUAGUAUUACCAUCGGCAGCAAAAGCAUGACAAGGAAAGUGCCAACUAAGCUAUCAUGGAACUUCAAGAAGGCUGACUGGUCUAGAUUCACGAAACUUUUAGACAAUGAACAUCAUACAAGUCCCCUCAACUUCAACCAACAUCUUGACAAACUUUGCACUGAUAUCACGAAUAUUAUGAUCAGAUGUGCAAAGAAAAAUAUUCCCCGAGGCAAGACUAAACACUAUCGAGUGUUNCAAGGAUACUACCAUAGAAUAAAACAAUGA